AUGUCUCCACCCAAGAGAUGGGGAUCCAGCAGGGUGUCCAACUCGAAAGCGAACGGCGGAGAAGGCGAGGCCAUGGGAAACGACACGGGCCUUCGUAGACACUUCAGCAACAUAACUCGCAUAGCACGCCGAAACACCAACAACAAUGGCGGAAAUCGUCAACGAGAUUUGAAUGAGGAUUGGAGGCCGCAGACUGCGGAUCCAACAGGCGCGGGAUCGACGGGGGUAUCAAGCGUGGGUGAAAGGGAACUUACCCCCGAAGCACCUGCAUCAGCAAGAGCAGACACGGAAUCGGAGACCCCCGGAUCGCCCUCUACCCCUCUCAAGAAGGGUUCACCCUGGUCGCGGUUCAAGGCGAGGCUCCGUGAGAGCCCCAAACAGAAGUCUCCCUCAAGAGAUUUCAGAGAAGAUAGCCCAGAAUACGCCGAGCCAAUCGACGAAUAUGAAAUGGCUCGUUCCAGAGCAGGCUCGAUCGCAAUACCACAAACUCCGGCAGAGCAGGAAGUCGAACCAGAACUCGUUCCUACCGCCGAAUUUGUCGACACAUACACGCCGAACAGUUUGGGUGAAUCCCGUGACGCAGAUGAUGACGAAGUUAUCGAAUUCUGGUUCCCUCAAGCUACUGCAACACGCAUGGCUACGAUGAACCCUCCGUCUAAUGAUGUGCACCUGUAUCCUGGGGUGGCCACUCAGCUCGUGGGUUCCGAGGGUGUGGAGAUCAUCAACAACUGUGAGGCUAAAUUCACUCAAAAGACAUUGCAACGAGUCGACGACUCCGACCCCUUCAUCGAUAGGACAAUCGGAGUCUGGGCCGAUAGAAGAAAGGUCGAUCACAAGAUUGUGCGUCCCGGUGACAUAAUCAGGGCCAUCCACAGUGUGGCUCAAAACGACCUCUAUCAACCCUAUCCGUCAUCGGAAGUGCGUAUCUUCGGUCACGGGCCCGUAUUCUCCAAGGUCAGACCAUUUGUGGUCCUAUACAAGACUGCAGAAGGCAUGCUAUGCUUGCCCCUGUUCUCAUGCCAGUUUCUCAAAGUCGGAGGAGUGAGUGCUCCAACCGUGAAAGAGUACAUGAGCAUUUGCACAGAAAAGAGUGGAAAGGGUAACAAGUGGAAGGGCUUUACACCCGUCAAUGGAAAACCACUUUCCAUGGUAGUAUACCCUGGUCAGAGGAUGAAAAGUGAGUCAUUUGUUGGCAUUGCAAAACCAGUAAACAUCUCCAGAAGCGAAGCUGUCAAGUACAAACAAGCCAGGCUCAUGCCCGAGAGCUAUGUCCGCUUGGUGGAAGCCUACACAUUUAGACAGCAUGAAAGGCUCCUGUACGCAUAUCACGAAGUCAACUUGAAGUAUCCAGGUGGUAUCGCAUCGCCGAAGGAUAUAAACCAGGAGUGGCCUGCGCACGCCAUCUCAAAUGCGAAAUCCAGAUAUACCGGCAAGGUCGGAUUGACAGCGGCAAAUGUGAAAGACUCGUUCACAGUCAAUCGCUAA